AUGACAAUUAUGAUGCCUCGUUUCGCAGUUCGCGCGCCUUUGCGGCUCCUAACGUCAAGUUUUAGCUUCCGCCCGUCAAACCUCCAACCCGCAAACCUCGACACCACAUCUAAACGCGCCAUUUCCACGUCCACAUUCAAACUCGACCCUUCGAUAUUCAAUCGCACGCUCUACAAACAUGUAACGGAGCUAUGGUUUCCAGGCGUCGAUAUAAGUGGCCAGGAGCUAGACAUGAGCGUCGCGAAACGCUGGUUCAUGGGCACGCCUGAAGAAAAGGCUACUUUCGACGCCCAGUGUAGAACUGCCUUUGCGCACGCACUGGAUUCAAUUGGACCAGACCAAUUCCCCGAAGCAAACGCGCAGCCACUUCUGGACGAGAUACAACGCGUUGCAGAUGAAGAGGCAGAACGGGAUACCGCGGGAAAGGCAAAGGGAGAAGAAGCAGCGUGGACAGCAUUGAGUCUAACACUCCUGCUAGACCAGAUGCCGCGAAAUAUACAUCGCACAGAAGACGGUUUGCGAUUAGUAUACACGCAUUAUGACCGCAUGGGCUACGCGCUCGCUCGUAGUCUCCUCUCCCCUUGCUCGCCUAUCCCGCGUCCGGAUAAGCAUCCAGUGUUUCGGCUGUCAGCAGCACAUAGGAUAUGGUUCUAUAUGCCACUCAUGCACUCUGAAGAUCUUGCUGCGCAUAGGUUUGCCAGUGAGAUAGUAGACGAGUAUGCGAGAGAAGUAGAGGGCCUGGAGGGGUACAAUGGCACAAAGAUGUUUCUGGAGGGGCAUGAAAAGGCGCUGAAGGAGCAUACAGAUAUAUUGGAGCAGUUUGGUAGGUAUCCUCAUCGCAAUGGUGCUUUGGGAAGGGAGAGCACGGAGGAGGAAAGGCGGUUCAUGGACGAGGGGGGCGCUUCGUUUGGUGUUGGGCAGAAGAAGGAUAGUGAGUCUUGA